CAGCACAUCAUCAGCAUAAAUAAUAUGCGAAAUGAGUUUAUAUUUAGAGAUUAUCAUACUGAUUUCGUUAAAUGCGAUUACAAAUAGUAUGACAGACAAUGGUGAUCCUUGUGGUAUUCCGUUGUACAUAUUGUACGUGUUCGAAAAAGUAUUUUUGAUUUUAGUCACGAAUUUCCGAUUAAUUAGGAAACAUUUAAUAAAGUUAAAUACUUUUCACCAAAUUGCCACUUCUCAAGUUGUCGUUGAAUGACAUGAGAACCAACUCUGUCUAAAGCUUUUUCGAAAUCCAAACUGAGGCUUUAUAUGUGCUUUUUUUCGAUAAAGCAGUUUUGGAUCAAAAUAGAGUAAGGCAUCCAUAGUGCCUUGCCCUGCCUUAGAUAUCACAUGGUUUUGGCUGAGAAGGUUUUUAUUUAAUGCGAACCACGAGAUACGUUUUGAUAUGAUUUUUUCCAAUAGUUUGCCCAUGCAACAAAGGAGUGAUAUUGGCCUGUAACCAAGAACAUCUGUAGACACUACAUUGGAUUUAGGAAUUGCUACAAUCACUGCAUUUUUCCAGCUUUGAGGGUAGACACCUUGACAUAAAAUAUUGUCAGCGAUUGAUACAAGCGAGGGAUGGAAGUUUGAAUCUUUCAAAUAAACGGACCAUACAGAGGCGAAAUGAUUAGCUAUUUCUUUUGAGUCGAAAACUGGACCACUUGGGGUGGGGGGUAUGUCGACCCAUAAUUUCUUGGGAUUUGUUAACGGAGCGUUAGCUUCGUUUAAUACGCCAACAAAAUGAGAUCAACGGAUCACCGACCACAAGGCUAUAGUUUUGGUGUUACCAUGUAACCGCUGGUAUAUUGGUCUAUUUGAAAUUACAUGAGCUAGCAUUGUGUAUUAUUAGCGAAAUUUAGGAGAAACAAAAUAUAUUGAACGUUUUAUAUGAAAAUACUCGGAUACGCAAAUGAGUAAUUCGAGCUUCUGUUAGAAGGUCGAAUUCAAUGUACGUGUGGUUGUUUUAACUCGUUUUGACAAUAAUUAACAUAGUGGGUAUGCGAUAUGUACAUAUGUAUGUUUCUCUAUUGUAUUCUGCAGAGUAUGAUUUGUGAUGGCUCUAGAGGUCGGCUGUAUCAAUUACGGCGGAAAGAAUCAAAGUCACGUCUGUGGAUAGCAGUUUUUACUUUUUUUAUAUUAACAGAUAGUAUAGUUAACUCUGAGUUAGCAAGUGAUAUGGAUAAUUACCAGUUUGCUAAUGAUGGCCGCUUGGAUUAUAUGAUGCACUAUAUGGUACCACGUGACUAUAAUGACAGAAUGAGUUCGAAAUCCUUGACAAAUUUGAAGUGGCAACAUUUUUCAAAAAACAACUUUUCAUAUAGUAACGAGGAUGAAAUAAUUAGCAAAACAAUUAUUCAGACACUAGUUUUGAUAUUAGAAGAACCAGUUAUUUUACUAAGACCAAAAAAUGCGACAUUUCAUGAUGAAACAAAACCAGUGAUUCAGACAAUUUGUUUGAUGGCUAAUGUUAUUUCAUCAUCCGCAAUACAAAGACAUAAACUGUCACUAUACGCUAAUCAUAUUCUGCAGGAAGGAGGUGUUAAACUUUUAAAUCGUGGAAGUUUAUUUGAACACCACACCCAUACUUUGCAACACUCUGAUGUUAAAUCAACUCAAGCUGUACCACCAAGAAGUACACAAGCCAUUGUUAAUGUCUGCGAAUCAUGUCAAAUGCGAGAAAAAGUGAAGCUCAAAAGCUUAGAAUCAAUAAAAAAUCUUAUUCUCAUACGCUUACAAUUACAACGCUUGCCAAAUAUAACCAAACCCAUUGCUGUGCCUCAUAACAUUAUUGACAAGUUCUAUAAAAACUUUCAUGGUGCAGUGACAGACAACUUCGUCGGAAACAGUAUGAACUCUGAGGCGCGACAUGCAGAUUCAAACGGACUAGGGCAACAGAAAAACACUAACCCAAUCUUACCAAAAUACACCAAGCGGAUGCACAGAACUCAUGAAAUGUAUGGGCAACGGCGUCUCUUUGAGAAUCAAAAUACACAAGGGAAAUAUCAUACAAUCCACAGAUCAUACAGUAAACCUUCCCUUCACCCUUCUGUCUUUCACUCUUACGACAAUUACGAAAAACUAUUCGAACCAACUGAAGAUAUGCAAAACGAUGAAUAUGUACAGAAUGACGACCUUCAACCGCAAUACGAUGAUCAACAAGGGCUUAGUAAAAACAAUCGAAGAGAACGAAUGAAUUACCAGCAAGAACAAUUGUUUCCUCCCAUCGAAAGUGAUACAUAUGAUGGCUUACCCCAUGAAAAUUAUGGUACAUAUGACCCCAUAAAGGACGUAGAUGAUGACUCGUUCUCACAUGUUAACAGCAUAUAUGUUUUUCCAUCCGUUUCUCGAAUGCGUCACAAUCGUAGAUGGGAUGUAAUCAAUUUUAAAUUUGAUCACAGCCAUUUAACAAUAGUUCGUACGAUUAUUCAUCUUUACAUACGUGGUCGGGAUUGGAUGAGAAAACAUUAUCCCGGAAUAUUGAAACAAACAGUUGUUAAUGGUAGGACUAUGGGAAGUCGUGACUUAAUAAUCAUGAUCCAUCAUGUCGCGCGAGGUUCGCACUAUCAAAACCGCACACAUACGUUAAAAUUAGUAGAGAGUCAUCAUCACAUACCAGCGGGAUUAGGACAAUGGGUACAAUUCGAAGUUAAACACAAACUACCAUUUUGGCUGCAGCAAAAUUAUAUUACAAUUACGCUUGCAAUUAAGACACGUGAGGCUUGGAUGCGACCAUUUUUAGUAAUCGAUUCGGAAGAUGCACAAAAUAGUCAAUUU